CUUCUACAUCUGCCCCUUUGCUUAGCCAUUGUUGGUCUAGACAGCUCAAACUGAGCAUCCUUGCUUGGCUCUCUCUAUUAAAUCAUGGUCAACAGUCUAUAAUCUAAAUCAGAUUGACAAGCGCUCUGUGGGCAAGCACCGUCCCUGAUGGUUGCAGCACUUCUGCUGCGCGCCUCUCACCCGGCGGCGCGGCCAAUUGCUCUACAACAGGGUCGAGCAUUGACCAGUCGCUUGGGAAACCAUGUGAUGCAAUGCACUUGGAAAUCUUUUUUUCCACAGCUCCAGAAAUUCUCUAGCUCUGCCUUGCGAGGACAAGAGGAAACGCUUGACCGAACAAGAAAUAUCGGCAUCAUUGCCCACAUCGACGCAGGCAAGACCACGACCACAGAGCGCAUGCUCUACUACAGUGGCUUCACCCGAAGAAUUGGAGACGUGGAUGAGGGCUCCACGGUGACCGACUUUCUGCCCGCUGAGCGGGCGCGUGGAAUCACCAUUCAGUCUGCGGCUAUCACUUUCCAUUGGCCACCCCAAACAGCCGGGGAGGCGAGCCAGUCGGACGCGCAGGCUCCUCGCUCUGCACAUUCACACAUUGUAAAUCUAAUCGACACGCCAGGGCAUGCUGACUUCACAUUCGAAGUCUUGCGCUCCCUGCGUAUCUUGGACGGCGCAGUGUGUAUCCUCGAUGGUGUGGCCGGUGUUGAGGCUCAAACGGAGAAGGUCUGGCACCAGGCCAGCACCUACCGCAUUCCCAGGAUUGUCUACAUCAACAAGCUAGAUCGAGAUGGCGCAGCGUUCGGCCGGACUGUCCGGGAGGUCGCAUCCCGGCUGGCAGGGUGGCCAGCUGUCUGUCAGAUUCCGUGGUUUGAAGGCGGGGACGGCCGUUUUGUGGGGGUUGCCGAUGUGAUCAAUCUUCAAGGUCUCCGGUGGGAGGACGGAGAUGGCAAGUCGGUAAAGAUGUUCAACCUGCAGCAGCUGGAGGCCGAGGAGGGCCGGCUGGCUCAGGAACUCAAACGGGCAAGGACUGCUCUCGUGGAGCUGCUCAGUGAGUACGAUGAACUCAUGGUCGAGCAAUUCUUCGAGCACGAAGAAGAUCACCUUGCUGUGCCUGCCAACGAGAUUUUGCAAAGCUUGCGCCGAUGCCUUCUCCAGGAGCAGGGCAGGAAGGUCAUCCCGGUGUUCGCCGGCGCCAGUUUCCGCAAUGUCGGUGUCCAACCUCUCCUCGACGCCGUCGUGAACCUCCUGCCCAGUCCGGUCGAGACCCCGGAUCCCGAGGUCAGCAUCGGGGGCGUCACGGGCGGCCUGCGACGCCUGCUGUCCGGCGAUCUCAUCGUGGAACAGAAGGUGGCAGCCUCCUCGGCCAAGGGCCAGGCGAAGAAGAAGAAGUCGGUCGUGCAGACCGAAUCCCAGAACGCCAUCGAGAAGCUCCAAGGCUGUGCCCUGGCCUUCAAGGUGGUCAACGACGCCAAGCGCGGAGUGCUGGUCUACGUGCGUGUCUACUCGGGACGCCUCGAUCGCAGCUGCGCUCUGUACAACACCAACCUGAAGGUCACCGAGCGCGCCCCCCGCCUUCUGAAGAUGUACGCCAACGACGCCGUGGAGGUCGACUCCAUCCCCGAGGGCCACAUCGGCGUGGUCGUGGGGCUCAAACACGCCCGGACGGGCGACACGCUGGUCUCCUACGCCACCAACCGACAGACACCCCCGGAACCGCUCGACACGCUUCAACUGCGGCCCAUUAAGGUCCCUCCGCCCGUCUUCUUCGCCAGCGUCGAGCCCCACAGCCUCAGCGAGGAGAAGCGCAUCCACGAAUCCCUGGUCAUGCUCCUCCGCGAAGACCCGAGCCUGCACGUCACGGUCGACGAAGACAGCGGCCAGACGCUGCUGAGCGGGAUGGGCGAGCUGCACCUCGAGAUCGCGCGGGACCGGCUGAUCAACGAGCUCAAAGCCAAGGCCACCGUCGGCCGCAUCGAGAUCGGCUACCGGGAGUGCCCCAUCGGCGACUCCUCACCCGUCACCAAGAUCUUCGACAAGGAAGUCGCCGGCCGCAAGGGCAAAGCCGGAUGCACAGCAUCAGUCUCCGCCUUCGACCCGGACCUGGAUGGCCUGCCCGCCACAGACCAGGACACGCUCCUACUCGAGACCCAAGACGGCAACCAGAUCCUCAUCCAAGCUCCCGGGCUCCAGAUCACGCGAAACCGCAAGGGCAUCGAGGAGAGCCCGAUCCUGCCCAUCGGGCUGGACGUCGCCACGCUUCGAACCUCGCUGCUGAACGGCUGCAUCGCCGCCCUCGCCCGGGGCCCGCAGUUCUCGUUCCCCAUGCACAACACCCGCGUGCACCUCACCCUGGACGCGACCGCCCACCUCUUCGGCACCGAGAGUACCCCGUCGGCCGUCGCCUCCGCCGCGCGCCUAGCCACCACCACCGCCCUCCGCUCCCUCCUAACCACCAACCCUGGCACCGGCACCGGCACCGGCACGUCCCUCAUGGAACCGGUGAUGAACGUAAUCAUCAGCAUCGACGAAGCCAGCCUCGGCGCCGUCGUGCACGACAUCUCCUCCGCGCGGGGCGGCCACAUCAUCUCCCUGGACGAGGACAUCCCCCUCCCAUCCACGGACGCCGCCUCCUCCACCAAUUCCUCACCAAUAAUCCCCUACGAAGACCUCCCGCCCAUCGACCCAAGCAAAGUCUACGCCCCGCCCGACCCCUUCGAGACCCCGUCCAUCGCUCUCGGCGCGAACGCCAGCUCCGCCGCCGCCGCCGGCCUACCGGAUACCGCCAACCGGCCGCGCACCAUCACCGCCAAGGUGCCCCUCAAGGAGAUGGUGGGGUACCUCAAGCACCUCCGCAGUCUGAGUGCUGGCCGUGGCACGUUCGUCAUGAGCGUCGAUCGGUUCGAGAAGAUGAGUGCUCCGCGUCAGAAGGCGGUGGUGUCCGAGUUGAGGGGGGGGUAUUAGUUCUCUCUCUCUCUCUUUCUCCUUGUAUUAAUCUUUCACGGAUAUCUACUGUGGUCCUAUAGAGUGAAAAAGAAAACCUGUAUCAUAAUUGCGGCAAUUUAGGGGGUCGGUUCAUGAGCCCUAGACAUAGGAAGGCUUUUGUACCUGUGAAUAGCUGAAUUGGCGUUCGAGAUCACAUACUCAUACAUGGACGGCCGGGAACUCCUUAAAAUCUC